GCUUUUGCUCCCAGGCUCGUCCCUCGUUCCCUCGCUCCCUCGCUCCGGCCAUCGCCGAAAUAAAUCGAGCUCUCGUGUUCAAGAGUUUGAGUUUUGGCGCACAAAAUCCCGCGAGCUCAUCUCCCUUGACGCCUCGGAACAGUCCAUGUCCAUGCGGGCGCUGCGAUUUCUUGCUACGCUGCGAGCUCGGGCUUUAGCGCUUCCAUCUUCCGCAGGAUUUCGAGCCCGAUAGGAAAGAGGACGGGAGGGAGGUCGGGAGGUCGGGAGGCUCGGUUGAUCGUAGCGGGAGGUGGAUGGGUUGGCAGUGGGCGUAGCGUCAUCUGCUGUUCGAGCAGGAGAUGGGGCGAAUGACGGAUGUGCAAGAUUUUGGCAUGUGAUCCGAGGACGAGGAGGAAGCGAAGGCCCUGCGAUGCCUUCAGGCUCGACGGUGCCCGCAGUCUCGCGAGGAGGGAGCGCGCUAUUUUUUGCGGUGAGCGCGUAAUGUAGUUGAGCAUUCGGAGGUACGGGGUCGACGGAGAAAGGCACGAGGGCGCUGCGACGGAGAGGCGAUUGAGAGCGGAUUGUGAGGUGACGGGGGGUAGAAAGCUUUAGGGUGGUUGGUGCAUGCGGUGAAGUUGUUUGGAGCUGCGUUGUGCAGUAUGUCAGCAGCUUCAGCUUCGACAGGAAUUGCCGCCACCCCUGCAGCCGGAACCGCGGUGCCUUCAGUGGCACCAGCACCAUCUUCUUCUCGGCCCGCUGCGGUUCGCAAGCGAGCUUCUGCAGCCAAACCCUCGUCUCAGCAAGAAGAUGCGGAUGUUCCCGGGGCGAUUCUUCCCCCGUCGGGUCGAUCGGUGACUCGCAGGAGAGAUGCCGCCACCACUUCGGCAAACGGCGACAUAGUGGGCAGUGAGAUAGGCGCGCUGACGCAGCCCCGAGAGUUGAGCCAGACCCUACAUGCGGACCGCCCUCAGGGCUCCAAGCAAAAGAGCAUUGCCGUGCAGAGCCCAACAGGCCCCGCACCGAAGGCCACCACACCUGUCAAGAAGGUAGUGAAGAGUGCACAGAACAAAGAAGGCCAUGGUGUUGUUCGAAGGAGGCCUAGUUCAUUCUGGGAUGUGACGGGCCACUUGUUCUCGAGGUUCUUUGUUAUAUUUGUACUCGGUGUAGGACUCGGUACGAGUUUCUACAAUUGGAGAGUCCGGCCGCAAGCAGCGGAGUCUUCCGGAAUAUUGUCUACGGAGGUAGAAAAACUCGAAGAGUUUGUUGCCAAGACAACGAAAUGGAUGCAGGUGCAGCUGGAAGUCGUGGACAUUAAAAUAGGACAGGAGGUAGGUGAACUUAGGAAAGAGGUGCGCAAGGAGUUGGAUACGCAACAGUUGCACGUAGAGUCGGAAGUGCGCAACUUGAGAGAGAACCUCGACAAAGUUAGCUCUGCAUUGGAUGUGUUGUUCAGUACUGGAAGUCCUUUGACUAAAAGGGAAGCGUUGGAGCUCAUCAAGGAUGUUGUAGAUAGGAGGGCAGCCGAGGGUGAGGGCCAAGCUUUCAGUCUCGACGACGUAAGGGCCGCGGCCAGACAAGUUGUCAUGCGCGAAAUUGAGCGCCACUCGGCGGAUGGUAUUGGACGGGUGGACUAUGCCCUGGCUAGUGGAGGUGGUCGCGUCUUGGAGCACUCCGAAGGCUACUUCCAGGGGAGAGGAGGGGACUGGCGGAACUUGUUGAGUAUUCUGCCAGGUACCAAUCGCAGGCACGGGCUGUCCAACAAGGUACUGGAGCCCAGUUUUGGGGAACCGGGACAGUGUCUACCUUUGAAAGGAGAUGAUGUGUGGGUUGACAUAUCGCUGAGAACUACGGUACAGCCAGACGCUAUCACUGUCGAGCAUGUUUCCAAGGACGUGGCAUACGACGUAUCCAGUGCACCGAAGGAGUUCCGCGUUUUUGGUUGGCUUGAAUAUCGUGGACAGGUGGACAAGACAGCCCAAACCAGGACACAGAAGGUUUUAGGGGAGUUCCUAUACGAUAUCACGAAGCCGAGUGUACAGACCUUUGCCCUCUCUGAAGAGGAUGUUGGAGGUGACCUUAUCAACAUGAUCAGGGUACAUGUGUUGUCUAAUCAUGGUAGCCCUACCCAUACAUGUCUCUAUCGAAUUCGUGUUCACGGGUCUGAACCACAAUCGAAUUUAGCCCCUAGUUCUGAUUAGAAAUUGACUCAUGGGGUUCUGCUACAUGUAGAUUCAUAGGAGGGGAUUCACAAUGAAGCCCUGGAGAUAGUUAUCUGUGUUCUGCAGUUAUUUUGUGCUUCAGAACGUAUCAACUUCCUGAUGAAGCAAUCAUGACUGUCUCAAUUUUGCACGGCAGUGUAGGAGAUUUGAUUCUCUUUAUCACUUUUUAAUUUUCUUGGAAAGAUCACGUUCAAAGUUACUCUGA